AUGGAACAAAAAGUAAAUAUUUCUGUAUUGGUAACAUUAUUUAUAUCAUUUAUAUUAUUAAUUGUAUCACUUUCAACAUAUUGGUGGACUUUUAAAGAGAAAUCUACAAAUGUACAAUUAUAUUAUAAAUAUGAUUGGAUUAAGAAUAUAACAAAAGAUGAAACUUAUUAUCAAGGUUGGGACUCUACCAAUAAAUAUACAAUGCAACUCUUUGAAGCUUCGAUUUCUUUUGCUAUAAUUGCCUGGGUAUUCACAGCAUUUGGAAUGGUAUUGGUGCUAUUAUGUAUCUACCAUGAAAAAGUACAACAAAGUAAAUUAUUAACUACCCUUACAAAAUAUACACCAAUGGUAAUUUGUUUCUUUUGUUUUCUUUCAACUUUUAUAUUUGUUGGUAUACCAAAAAGUUUGAGAAGAGAUUGUAUAGAUCAUGGAUAUAUCGAUCCCGAUGGACAUUCAAGUAGUAAUAGUGGCAGCAAUGAUGCAAUCUGUGAUGAAGAGCAUCACUAUCACUUUUUUGGAAAUAACAAACAACAUAUUUGGCAUCCGACUACAGGUUGGAUUUGUAUAUGUAUUUCAACAGGUCUAACUUUUCUAUCGACCAUCCUUUCAAUGUUAUUCUCAACAUUCUCUGAUAAAAUAGAUUAUCCUUUAAAAGAGAGUCAAUAUCUAUUAUUAUAA